CCCUGGACUAACAGUCUCUCAGCAGUUUAUAUUUCAGACUUUCUCUUCAGACUGAUUUGUUCUCUCCAUCUGCUGAAACUGAAGCGGCACUCAACCACAUUGGGGAAACUGCUUCUUUCCUGAAUUACCUCAUCUAAGGAAAACUUUUUGCCCAUCCAAACUCGCUCUUUUACUAAAGGGGAGCUACUUCAAGGCCUCCACCUUACUUUCUCUCUCGGGAUGGCUGCUGAUACAACCGAGGCUCCCUCUGCGGGCGUCGUGGACAGGCUGAAAAGUUACGUGCGGACCCAGAAAGGCACCAUCCUCGCUGCAGAAAUAGUUCUCAGUCUUAUAAUCCUUAUCUGCUAUGCUUCGUCCUGGUAUGGCGGCUACACUGCUGUUGCCAUCUGCGAGAUGUGCUUUGCUAUUGUGUUCUUCUGCGUCUUCAUGAUGGACCUGGACAAGCAGUUUACAGCCGUCAGCUGGGUCUGGAGUGACUUUAUCCGUGCAUUUACUGGCACUCUAGUUUACCUCAUCACGUCGCUCAUCUGCGUCAUCAGAGGAGCCGGGGACGGAGCGCUCAUCGCAGGCGGGGUGUUCGGCUUGCUCGCUGGUCUCCUGUUUGCAUAUGACACGUACACCAUCUACUUGCAAAUCAAGAGCGCCAGGUCGCAAACCGGAGGCUCCGGCAGCACAGCUUAAACAGUCCACGCAUCUGUCAUCGACGCUGCAGGAACACAAAAACAGAGAAGAGCGGCUCAGUGAGGGGAGAUGGGACAGUAAAAUGACCAGGUCACAGUUUUAAUCAUUGCAACUGUAUGGUGUGAAUAAAUGAGAAGUAUUUCAGAACCGUGCCUGAGAGGAAUACCACAGAACCAAAGUGAGAGGCACUGUACUGUACAUCUGUGUCUGCAUGUGUGUGCAUGUGUGGGGAAAAAAACCCAAGUUUUUGUUCAGACCAACACUGACCAUCGACUAAACAGGAAAACCUGACAUUAAUAAGGUAACAAAAGACUGUUUGGUCUCUUCAAAUAGAUUUUCUAAUACUUUUCUCUACUGUUAAUGGACUGCUGUAGGAAAUAUUAAUCGUGUUAUUUGGACUUCAGAGGUAACUGACACAUUAGGAGUUAUUUAAAAAAAAGAAUAAUGUUUGUCUUCUCAUUGCUGUCAAUAUUAUUUUUUGUAAAAGUGUUCUCAGUCAGUUAAAUAUUAUAAUACAGUGUCUCUGUUUUGGUAUGUUAAGAGGUCAUGAGCAAUAAACAUGUCACCAACAUCAAUUGACUCUCCUGGUAUUUUCACUUAGAUUAAAUCUUGAACUAAGCCAAAGGCUCAACAACCCAGGUUGGCUGUUUUCUGUAAAUAAAAAACUUUCUUCUCAAUAAACACAGCAAAAACAGAAAAUCUUAACAACUAUUUUGGUCUAGUUUCUAGAAAAACAUCCUAGAACACCAGAAAUAAGACAAAACUAACUUGCAAUAGAUUUUCAGCAAGAAAUAGGAGCUUGUUUAGCAAUUAAUACUGAUGAAAAAGCACUACUUCCUUUGGCAGUACAACAUUGGAAAAAUGUCUUAAGUGAAAUAAUCUUAAAAAGAGCUAGUUCUUCUUCAUCAAUACUGAGCUAUUUUGUUUUUUGCUGCAAAGAUGCUCAUAUUUGAUGGAUUUGCGUCAAGCUAAUCUGGCCGUUUGGAGAAACAAAUAAACGAAGAGCUACUUUCAAUAUCGACAUGGUGUUAAUAAAUCAGAGAUGCAGAGAUAAUCCAUUUAAAAGAAAAUGGACAUUUUUAAUGUAAUUUAUUGUUACAUUAGGAGAAUGAGAAGGCACAUAGCUAUUAGCGGCUAACAGUACAACAGAGGUGCUGGAUUCAGUUGGUUGUGUUUUAUCUCGAAAAAUUGAUCUUUGGUUUGGCACUGGUACUGUUUAGCUUAUCUCUUGCUUUCUAAAGCAUUUUGUUUAAACUUUGUUGCCACAUUUUGGUACUGCCACAAGCCUUUUUGGUACUGAAGUUUCCGUACAGAUAAUUAUCCUUGAAAUAAGAGCCUAUUUAGACAAGUAGGCUGGAGACAUUUUUCAUCCACCUUUUGGUAGAAAGAGAGGGACACAAAAACCAAUCAAUCAUGCAAAUGGAAAUGAUCAAACUCAUACAAUUAAGUGAUUUAUUGCUUAAUCGGCUAUCAGCAACAUAUGAUUUGUAGAUGAAAGUAUUAUUUGGCAUUAGCACUAGCAGAAGAACAGCAUGCCUUUCAGGACUUUGUGUCUAAGAAAAACACAAUCAGACACCAGAAAAAGCAUUGAUUCCUAGACAAUUAACCAUAAAAAGACCAAAUGGAUUGAAAGGGAAGAAUGCAACUGAUUAAAACUUGCGAUAUUGUAACUCCAGAGGGCGCUGUUGCCUCAAUACAUACAGCUUAAACUUCACAGGACUGGAUUGCUGGAAAUUUCCCAACAUUUUUAUUUGUAUGAAGCAAACAGAAGCAGUGAAAAUAAAGUUUGAAUUUCAGUUUUUACAGCAACCUCCAUCUCUGAUGCUACAUCUGAUGCUACAUUACUCAUUAUUCCUACAAUUAUUCAUCUUCCAAUCUAUUUUAUCAAAGUGAAUAAUAUGGAAGUUGUCUACUACAUGGAAGACAUUGACAGCUCAUAACCUUUUAACUAAAUCUUUGAAAAAUGUAGUUGUACUUCUAUCCUUUUUCACUUUUGAUUCCUGAGUCCUGAACAAUUGAUGGGUUCUGUGGUCAUUUGUCAAUAAAUGUUCUUUGAUUUGGUUUUUAGAACAUUUUUCCGAUUUUUGUAUAUUCGAUACUGACUCAUUCUGAAUUGAUUGAAACCACACAGAUUAUGUCGUCCUCCUUCACUUUCACUCAUCUUUUUAUUCUUGCUCAGGUUAUGAUUUUUUUUUAUAGAUCUGUAACACAUUUUUAAAAGCUUGAAAGCCAUCGUUCUCUUGAGAUUUGUUUGUCCCUGUUCUCUAAAAGAGACAGAAGUAUAGAAAUUUGUUGUUGGAGGAAAAUCUUGUCAUUCUAAUGUUUUUUUUUCUAACACUGUGCAGUUUGUAUCUUUAUAUUCAGAUUAUUGUUUGCUUUGAGAAAUAAACCGUCAUUACAAUAAAGACUAUUAGCGCUUCUA